UAAAUAUUAAUAUAAAAGAGUAAGCUGUGGCCGGGGUCAGAGAGGAGGUGUGAAACACUUCACCCACACAGACAAACAAUGGCUGGCAGGGAUGAGAUCUUAGCCAAUUUUCAGGCAUGUUCUGGUAUUGAAGAUGUGGGAGAAGCCUUUAUGCACCUGGAGGCAGCAAACUGGAACCUCCUGGAAGCACUGCGAGUUGUUAUGCCUCUGGAAGGCACACCAGCCACACCUGUACCACCACCUCCACUACAGUCUGUAUCACAGCCUGAAGUAAUAAGUGUUGACUCAUCACCAGAGUUGCUCUUACCACCUCCCAUACCUCCUCUGCCAGCUGCCAUCCCUUCCACGUCUGAUCCUUCACUGCCAUCAUCUUCAAACACACAUGGUGUACUUGAUGUCAAUAUUCAGGUUGUGUGUGGUGGUGCAUCUGAAGGUAGUACUUUUCCAUUAGAGUUGCCCAGCUCCACUACUGUAAGUGAACUGCGCACAAUGUUACAUCAGUUGGUUGGUAUAAAUCCAUGUAACCAGAUUUUAGAAGGCUUUAAAAACCCAGUAGAAGAUAGUACGGUGAUCAGUGCAGCGCUUUUACCAGAAUCCCGUACACUUACACUUAAUGCUCAGUCUUCACUCACUUUUAAUAACUACUAUGAGAGAAUUAAUGGAGCUCAUGGGGAUGAAUAUCUUCUUCUGAUCCACGACGAGACAAACAGCAAAGACUACAGCCUAAGAUUUCCUGGCAGCAAGAAAAUUCGUGAGAUUAAAAGUGAUAUUCAUGAUCUAACAAACAUUGCUGUUCGAUAUCAACAGUGGACGGGUUGGCCUCCGAAUACUGACGAAGAAAAUGCAACGUUAGCAUCCUCGGGAAUCAGUAAGCAGCAUCACCUGACAGUACGAAAGAUGCUUAAAGAACGUACACCCAAGGGUCAAAGAAAGACGUUAAUGGAAACGGGGGAAGAAAACAGUUCUGGUGAUGAGUUGGAAGAUGCCGCAGAGCUUAAUGACGAUGAUGACUUCCUAGACUUGAUGGAUGUUCCUCCUACUAAAAAACCACAAACAUUAAUACCAGCAGAUGUUGAAGAUGAAGUAAUGGGCGUAAUUCACUUUUGUGAAGAAUUUCGUAACCGAUAUGGAAGCUGUGUUCCUAUGUUUUAUCAAGGUUCAUUGGAAGAUGCCUUGAAAGAAUCGGUUCAACUUCCAGCAAAAAAUAGAAAAUUGCUAGCAGUGUACUUACAUCAUGAUGGUAGUGUCCUCUCCAAUGUAUUCUGCUCACAAGCCCUGUGCCAGAUAUCAGUUGUGGACUACUUAUCAGCAAACUUCCUAGUCUGGGGUUGGGAUCUAACACAUGAAGCUAAUAAAGCAAGAUUAUUAAAUUUAGUUACGACGCAUUUUGGUUCGAUGGCCUCGUCGACGGUGAGAAGUUUUAGUGUAGACAAGCUUCCAGCUCUCUUGGUGAUCACACGCACAAGAGGCACUAUUGAAGUGCUAUCUGUUAUACAUGGUAAUGGAGUCCUAGAUGAAGUAAUGACUGCACUCCUACAUGCAAGUGAGAUGUUUGAGGAACAGAGAUCCACUGAAGUGCAAGAGGAAGAAGCAAGAGAAGCUCGCGAGGCUGUCAAAGCUGAACAAGACGCUGCCUACCUGGAAUCUCUAAAUGCAGAUAGAGCAAAGGCUGCAGCUAAGAAGCAGGCAGAGAUGGAAGAGAAACAAGAACGAGAAAGAGUAGAGUCAAUCAAGCAGCAAGAAGAUGCAAUCAAAGAAGCUGUCAGAGCAUCACUUGAGACUGAUAUACCUGAUGAGCCAAGUUCAGACUGUCCAUAUCCUAUAACAACAUUGCGUUUUCGUAUACCUGGCGGACAAAGUUUUAGUCGAAAUUUCCUUGCAAAUACAACCCUACAGGUGCUGCUCAACUUUCUGCAUGUGAAGGGUUACCCUGCUGACGAGUAUAAGUGUCUACAGUCCUGGCCACGACGAGAUGUAAGUUCCCUGGAUAUGUCCAAGACGUUGAUGGACUAUAAGCUGUAUCCACAGGAAACCCUCAACAUAGAAGAACGAUAAAGGGUUGUGUGUAGUGUGUUUACCCUGGGAGUGAAAGGUAUGUGUGGCCAAGUCUACACUUGUAGUCUACCACACUUGCCACAUGUGAAUAUAAAAAAUCAAGUCCAAGAGCAGGUUGAGCUCUAAGGACAUCCAAAUAAAGUCUCCAGUUGUGUUGUAAAGCAGAAAAUUUUAAUAAGAUGUUACUUUAUGUAUCUACUAGACAAGGGUGGACUUGUAAGACUUGUUACAUUAAAAAACGACUUUACAAUUUUCAGACUAUUCUCAGUGAGUUCAUAUCUUUUUGGCAAGUCUGAGUAUAGCAUUAAGUUAAUGGAAAUUCUGUUAUAUCUGUAUACUCAUUCAUUUUUUUACAAACUAUAAAUAAUAAUGAAAAUUGAGCCAUGAUUUGUAAGGGCACUAUUGAAAAUGUAGCCAUAUAUCCUAAACACAUGGCUUCCUAUAUUUUAAAAGUGUCAACAUAUGGUGCAGACUCACCAAAUAACACAAAUUGUUGUGAUAAAAAUAUAGGAGAAAAGCAUUACUGUAUUUAAUUCCAGUCAGUUUAGUACUGUCAUAUGCUGUGUAGAAAAUUCCUUUACAAAGUUAUUUUAUGAAAAUCAUGUCUCAACUGUAUGAAUAUAUCAUGUUUUAUACA